CCUCUCCUACUGUUGUGACUGGUGCCACCUCUCCUUUCCCUUCUUCCUCCGUGCCCCAAUCCCUCUUCUCCCCUCGACCAGCCGAGAGAGCGCCCCUACCGCAGCAGCUGCAGUGCUGCUCUGCUCUGCUCUGUUCUGCCCCCACUUCACCCUCUCGUCUCACCCCGCCUGCAGCUUGGUCGCUUUUCUCCCCAGUCUCCUCCCCUCCACCCUCUCGUCUCGUCGCACCUCACCUGCUUGGUCGCUUUUCUCCCCCAAUCUCCUCGUCUCCCGCCGGCACCAAUACCAUCCUCUGUCCGCUCGCUGUUGCUGUUGCUAUUCCCGUCCGUCCCGUGCUUCUACUCGCUAGUCGUUUCGUAUUCGUAUCCUCUCUCCUCAGCCGCCCUGCUCCCCUCCCGUCCUCUGGUGUCUGGUCAAACCAGCGGCUCCCAAGAUUUGCCGCUGCUUCCUUCCUGGAGAAAUCAAGCCUGUGCGGCGAGAAAUCAAGAGGAAGGGGGAAGAGAGGGAGAAAGAGAGAGGGGCGGGGGUGGAGGAAAGAAAGCCUGCCCCUUGCGGACGUGCCUGCUCCCUCGGGGGCAUUCAAUUGGAGCCAACAGUGGGCGGGUGGGCGGCUGCUACAGCACGGCGGCCUCCAUAAAUUAGCUCCCCGCGUUCCGGCCCCUUCCGCCCCCUGUCGUCGCACCCGCCCCGUGUCUCCCCCGAUCGGUCCGUCGAUCACGCGGACGCCCGCCGGAGCAUGCGCGCCGCGGGCCUCGGCCGCCGGAGAAGCAGCAUCAGCCGCCGCGCCGCCGCCGGCGUCCGGAAGGAGAUGUAGCGCUAGCUCCCCGACCCGCGAGGAAAGGGAAAGGGGAAUGACCGUUACGGCGCGCGGGAGGAGCGGUGGAGCCGGGAUGGGGGAGAAGGGCGGCGCUCCCGGGCUCGGCUUCCUGAGCCUCGAUCGGAUGCGCGUCCUCCUGCCGCCGCUCCGCCUGCCGGAGAAGCUGUCGGCCAGGACGCUGCGGACGCACCUCUUCACUAACUACCGGAUGCGCAAGGUGCGGGACAGCUCCAGCUGGCUCAUCCCGCUCUGGGUCAGCUCUUGGGUCCUCGUCGCCUCCCUCAUCUACCUUUGCAUGAGCUACCAGGCCGUCGGCAAGCGCCGGGAGUCUCUCGCCAGCAUGUGCGACGAGCGCGCGCGCAUGCUCCAGGACCAAUUUAACGUCAGCAUGAACCACCUCCAGGCGCUCGCCAUCCUCGUCUCCACCUUCCACCACUCCAAGACACCCUCCGCCAUCGACCAGAAAACGUUCGCGAGGUAUGCGGAGAGGACGGCGUUCGAGCGGCCGCUGACGAGCGGGGUCGCGUACGGGGUGCGGGUCACGCACGCCGAGCGGGAGCAGUUUGAGCGCCAGCAGGGAUGGAGCAUCAAGAAGAUGUACUCCUCCAAGACCAAGAAUCAGUCGCAGGGACCCGGGAACGCCGAGGACGCCGAGGUGCGGGAGCCGGCGGAGGAGUAUGCUCCCGUAAUCUUCGCGCAGGACGCCUACAAGCACGUCAUCUCCUUCGACUUGCUAUCCGGCGCCGAUGACCGGGACAACGUACUCCGAGCUAGAGAAUCUGGGAAGGGUGUUCUUACUGCUCCUUUCAAGCUGCUCAAUAAUCGCCUUGGAGUGAUCUUCACCUAUGCUGUGUACAAGUAUGAGCUUCCUGCAAAUGCCAGGCCACAGGAGCGCAUUCAGGCUGCUAUAGGCUAUUUAGGUGGCAUAUUUGAUAUUGAAGCUCUUGUUGAUAAGUUGCUUCACCAGCUCGCGGGCAAGCAAUCCAUCAUGGUGAACGUUUACGAUACUACUAAUGAGAGACCAAUCAGUAUGUAUGGUUCGAAUGAUACAGGCAGUGGCAUGUGCCAGGUCAGCACACUGAACUUCGGUGACCCUUCAAGGAAGCAUGUGAUGCACUGCAGGUUCAUUCAGAGCCCACCUUGGCCUUGGAUGGCAAUAACGACAUCAAUUGGAACUCUAGUGAUUGCUUUACUGAUUGGAUACAUAGUUCAUGCUACCGCAAAACGGAUUGCCAGAGUUGAAGAUGACUUUCAGGAGAUGAGUUUGCUCAAGAAGCGCGCAGAGGAUGCAGAUAUUGCCAAGUCACAGUUCUUGGCUACUGUUUCUCAUGAGAUCAGAACUCCAAUGAAUGGUGUCCUAGGGAUGCUCCAAAUGCUCAUGGAUACUGAUUUGGACACAACACAACAAGACUAUGUUAGAACCGCACAAGCCAGUGGCAAAACUCUGGUAUCCCUCAUCAAUGAGGUUCUUGAUCAGGCAAAGAUCGAGUCUGGUAAACUUGAGCUUGAGGUGGUACCCUUUGAUCUUAGAACAGUUUGUGAUGACAUUUUGUCUCUCUUCUGUGGGAAAGCACAGGAGAAAGGACUGGAGUUGGCAGUGUUUGUUUCUGAUCAAGUUCCACAAACACUAAUUGGCGAUCCUGGAAGAAUAAGGCAAAUCAUUACAAAUCUUGUUGGAAACUCUAUAAAAUUCACAGAGAAGGGUCAUAUCUACUUGACGGUUCAUGUCGUUGAAGAGAUUAUGCAUUGUCUGGAGGUUGAGACGGGAACUCAGUAUACAAAUACCUUAAGUGGCUACCCAGUGGCGAACAGGAAGCGCAGUUGGGAAAACUUUCGACUUUUUAGUAGGGAACUGAACUCAUCCGAGAUGCCUUUUGCACCCAUUGCAUCAGACUCAAUAAGCUUGAUGAUAUCAGUUGAAGAUACGGGUGCUGGAAUCCCGUUCGAUGCUCAAUCCCGUGUCUUCACCCCUUUCAUGCAAGUAGGUCCAUCCAUCGCUCGCAUACACGGGGGCACUGGCAUUGGAUUAAGCAUCAGCAAAUGCUUGGUUGGCCUCAUGAAGGGAGAGAUCGGAUUUUCAAGUAAACCCCAAGUUGGUUCUACUUUCACCUUCACUGCAGUGCUUACGAGGGUCCAUUCCAGCAGAAAUGAGAAUAAAUCAUCAGAAUUUAAAGAGAUCAAUGCAUUGGUGGUAGAUCAUAGACCGGUCCGUGCCAAGGUUACUAAGUAUCAUUUGCAAAGACUGGGAGUUCAGACUGAAUUGACAACUGACCUAGAUCAGUAUAUUUCUAAAAAUAAUUGUGGAUCACAGAUUGCAAAGCUUGUGCUCAUUGACAAAGAAACCUGGCUGAAAGAAUCCCACUCCAUGCCUCUUUUGGUUACUAAAUUGAGGAACAAAGAUCAGCCAGACUCUACAAAGUUAUUUCUUUUGGAGAACCCUAAAAGUUCUGUCAAGAGCAAUUCACAUAUAUUCAGGGAAUAUAACUUGAAUGUAAUUAUGAAGCCACUUCGUGCAAGCAUGCUUCAGGUUUCGCUACAAAGAGCAUUGGGUGGGAUAGAUAAACUGCAUUGCAGGAAUGGAGUAGUCGGCAAUUCAACACUGGGCAGCCUUCUUCACAAGAAGCGAAUCAUAGUGGUUGAUGAUAAUAUUGUAAAUCUCAAGGUUGCUGCAGGCGCUCUAAAGAAAUAUGGCGCGGAAGUAACUUGUGCUGACAGUGGGAAGGAAGCAAUCACACUGCUGAAACCUCCUCACAAUUUUGAUGCUUGUUUCAUGGACAUACAGAUGCCUGAAAUGGAUGGAUUUGAAGCCACAAAAAGGAUUAGAGUGAUGGAAAGAGAUCUAAAUGAGCAAAUAGAACGUGGAGAAGCCCCACCAGAAUGCGUAGGGGUUCGGCAGUGGCGAACUCCAAUAUUAGCCAUGACAGCAGAUGUUAUCCAGGCGACACAUGAACAAUGCUUGAAAUCUGAAAUGGACGGUUAUGUUUCCAAGCCAUUCGAGGGCGAGCAAUUGUACAGAGAAGUAGCUCGCUUUUUCCUAAAUCAAGACCAAGUUCAGUAGGUAGGCUUAUAUGGAGUGUAAAAUAGUGGAGGAUAUCAGGGUUCACCCAUCGAGGCUGAAAGAAUUUUGUCAGAGAUCCCAUGUUCUUGAGAAUUAUAUAAUUCAUACCAUGGAAAUUGCACCAGAAUAUAAAUGAGUAGCAACAAUUGUGGGUCAAUUCUUUCAAACGGUCAGUAUCAUUUGAGUUUUACAUCACCGUUGCUUCACAUUGCUACAGGUGGGCAUCAAUCCCCAGAGUUAGGGGCCCUAUUAAAACGCUAGCAACGCUGGGAUGUGGCCUCCAGUUAGGUGGAAAACACUUUAGGCUGGAGAUGGAACCACCUAUGUUCGGUUCCUUGGUACAUCUGACCAAGCUGCAAAACUAAAUGUGCAAUGUCUUGAAAUCAAGGUGCAUGUGGAGCUAUUUACUCGACAAUCUGAGGUCAAGGCGUGUGAAAAAAAAGCCCAGCUGCAUUCACUAACCGCAGAUGUCCUCUGCCACUACAAUAUAGAGUAGGGAGAGAAAUUUUCCUUCCCCAGAAGGUACCGGCUGUACAUAUUAGGUAUUGGUUGUUUGUGCAGGCAUUUGUUGGCAUUUUGUUGUGCAUCGUCUUCGGUCUGUAUUGUUUGGGUCGAAGCUGUAAAAUGUAAAUGGCGUUUUCAAAGAUGGAAGUUUUGUUUGACAAAUACAUCGGUCGUCAUCAGCUUGUCUUCCUGAGUUUCUCUCCUGCUACUGGUUCUCUCCCAACCAGCCAAUCACUAUACUGAAGGCUGCCUGUUGGUGUGGCUUUAUCUGAUGAAACGGCUUUUGCCUGA